AGUACUCUCUCAGUAUUGUAUUGUGGUAUAAUUUCUCUGUGUGUGUGAGAGGGAGGGAGAGGGAGAAGAUGGGGAGGCAACCAUGUUGUGAGAAAGUUGGAUUGAAGAAGGGUCCAUGGACUGCAGAGGAAGACAAGAAACUCAUCAAUUUCAUCCUCACCAAUGGCCAAUGCUGCUGGAGAGCUAUUCCUAAGCUUGCAGGAUUGUUGAGGUGUGGGAAGAGUUGCAGGCUAAGGUGGACAAACUAUUUAAGGCCAGACUUGAAGAGAGGUCUUCUGUCAGACUAUGAAGAGCAAAUGGUCAUUGAUCUUCAUGCUCAGCUCGGCAACAGAUGGUCAAAAAUUGCUUCACAUCUACCGGGAAGGACUGAUAAUGAGAUAAAGAAUCAUUGGAACACACAUAUCAAGAAAAAGCUGAAAAAAAUGGGCAUUGAUCCUCUGACUCACAAGCCACUCUCCACCAUUGAAGAACCACAGCAGCAAUUACAACAAGAACAGAAGCAGCAAGAAAAUAAGAAGGAAGCAGCAGAGACAUCAUUAGAAUCAGCAAUCAUUGAAGUCAUGAGAGAGGAAGAGAAGAGCACAUUAAUGUUUGAUCCAAUGGAGGAGAUGAUCCAUAGUUUCUGCACAGAUGAAGUUCCAUUGAUUGAGGCUGAUGAGAUAUUGAUUCCAUCAUCAUCUUCUUCUUGUUCUUCUGGUUUAAAUAAUAAUAACAUCCUCCAAGAAUUGCAAAGUCCAGACUUUGAGUGGCUUUGUGGUUUCAACAAUAAGAGCCAAUUGGGUUUGUGGGAUGAUGACUUCACCAGUUGGGAUUGGGGUCCUCAGUGCCCAAGAAUGGUUUUGGAUCAAGAAUAUUCUUGGGACACCAAUGUAACUUUUUAAUCUUCUUUUGGGGCCAGCUUGUAAUUUGGCUGUUAUUAGUGGUCACAGAGAGUAAAUAAAUCAAGAAUCUUGAAGAAAACACAUAUUUUUUUAAGUGAAAAAGGAUAAAAAUAAGAUUUUAUGUGA